CAACUUUUCUUCAUAAUUCAACAAUCAACCCAAUAUAACAUGAAAAUUAUCACGAAGUUCUCUCUUUUCUGCUGAGCUGCUCGAAUCAAUGGACGAAUCCUUCACCAACAUCCCCAGCAGCCACUUUGUUGGAUCCGUGCCGGCUGUUAUUAGUGAAGAUAAGAAACCCGCUAACCCGCCAGAAGUUCCAGGAGCAAACUUGCAAAUAUUUCCCCCCAAUACUAAUAAUGGUCAGGGCUACCAAACAAUAGGCGGUCCCAGCGGUAAUGCUGAUGAUGGUGGUCUACAGCCAACAAACAACUGGAAGGGACUAUUCAGCAUCUCUUCAUACACACAAUAUUUUAAUGUAGACACCGACAUUGUUUUGAACAGAUUGAUAAGUUCUUUGUAUCCUACAACCGGAGACUUUGUCAACAAGAUUGAUGCAAACCCAGACCUCUAUGGGCUUGUCUGGAUCUCUACUACAUUGGUUUUUGUGAUUGCCUCGCUUGGAAAUUGUGCCACCUACUUAAUGAACAGCAAAGGCAACCCAAAUAUCACAUGGACAUUUGAUGUCAACUAUGUAAAUGUCGCAGCAGGCUCCAUUUAUGGAUAUGCGCUCAUAGUUCCGCUGGGAUAUUACUUUUUGCUUCAGUACUUGGGUGCAAGUGUCAGCCUCGUACGCUUUUGGUGCUUGUGGGGAUAUUCCCUUUUCAUUUUCAUCUUGAUUUCUUUUCUGUUGCUGAUUCCCCUUGAAUUUCUUCGGUGGGUUAUCAUAUUGGUUGCUGGUGCUGCAUCAGCCAGCUUUGUCAGUUUGAACCUCAAGAAUUAUGUACAAACUGCAGAUACUAUGAUUGUGGUCGUCUCAGCAUUCGUACUGCAAAUGGGUUUGUCAAUCUUCAUCAAGAUGUGGUUUUUCCCCUAACUUGUACUUUAUCGUGUUUUCCUAUGUUUGAGUACAGAACUGGACUUACGAGCCUUGUAAACGUUUUUUCCACAGUUUAGUAUGCGGUAGUUGGUUGCUGGUGUAUUCAUAUAUUGUAAGCACUGGUGUCUGUAUAUUCUCAAAUGCUACAAAUUUGGUUGGAACUUUGUAAGGAUUCUGGUUUCUGGUUAA